AUGAGCCAAACAUCUGACGAUGAACCAACACAAAACAACGAACCUUUCAUACCAAAUGAAGAGGUUGGGGAAGCAAGCGACGAUGAUCUUCAAGAGGUCAGGAUGCAAGAUAUUUUUGGUAACAAUGAUGAUGAAGAUAUAAUAUUCGCGUCUACACAGUUGAUUUACACCAAACCAAUAAGCUUGUAUAACCCACCUGCACAUAUGCACAAUAUAUGUAUGGAAGAUGAUGAAACAACCUCUGUGUUUGGAGGUGUCAUACCAAACCAUAAAGGUGACGAAAUAGAGAUUGGGAUGGAGUUUGAAAACAAGGAAGCUUGUGUUAGACACAUUACACUGAACUUCAUGUCUACUGCAUUAGACACAUUGCGCAAAACUUCACGCGCGAGAUUAAGGACAAGGAACUACGGAAAAAACUUAUUAACAUGGUUACGCAUUAACGGAGGCUACAUUUAA